GAGCACCAUACUGGACCAACACAGAAAAGAUGGAGAAGCGGCUGCAUGCUGUCCCUGCCGCCAACACUGUGAAGUUCCGCUGUCCAGCUGGGGGGAAUCCAACGCCCACAAUGAGGUGGCUAAAAAACGGGAAGGAAUUUAAGCAGGAGCAUCGCAUUGGAGGCUAUAAGGUACGAAAUCAGCACUGGAGCCUUAUCAUGGAGAGUGUGGUCCCAUCAGACAAAGGCAAUUACACCUGCCUAGUGGAGAAUGAGUACGGGUCCAUCAACCACACAUACCACCUUGAUGUUGUUGAGCGAUCACCACAUCGGCCUAUCCUUCAAGCUGGACUGCCUGCAAAUGCCUCUGCGGUGGUCGGAGGAGAUGUGGAGUUCGUCUGCAAAGUUUACAGUGACGCCCAGCCCCACAUCCAAUGGAUCAAGCACGUUGAAAAGAACGGCAGUAAAUACGGGCCUGAUGGGCUGCCCUACCUCAAGGUCCUGAAGGCCGCCGGUGUUAACACCACGGACAAAGAGAUUGAGGUUCUCUAUAUUCGGAAUGUAACUUUUGAGGAUGCUGGGGAGUAUACGUGCUUGGCGGGUAAUUCUAUUGGGAUAUCCUUUCACUCUGCAUGGUUGACAGUUCUGCCAGCACCUGUGAGAGAAAAGGAGAUUACAGCUUCCCCAGAUUACCUGGAAAUAGCUAUUUACUGCAUAGGGGUCUUCUUAAUUGCCUGCAUGGUGGUGACAGUCAUCUUGUGUCGAAUGAAGACCACAACCAAGAAGCCGGACUUCAGCAGCCAGCCAGCGGUGCAUAAGCUGACCAAGCGCAUCCCCCUGCGGAGACAGGUAACAGUUUCAGCUGAGUCUAGCUCCUCCAUGAACUCCAACACCCCGCUGGUGAGGAUAACGACUCGCCUGUCCUCUACGGCAGAUACCCCAAUGCUAGCAGGGGUCUCUGAGUACGAGUUGCCGGAGGAUCCGAAGUGGGAGUUCCCCAGAGAUAAGCUGACGCUGGGCAAACCCCUGGGGGAAGGUUGCUUCGGGCAAGUAGUCAUGGCUGAAGCAGUGGGAAUCGAUAAAGACAAACCCAAGGAGGCGGUCACCGUGGCAGUGAAGAUGUUGAAAGAUGAUGCCACGGAGAAAGACCUUUCUGAUCUGGUAUCUGAGAUGGAGAUGAUGAAGAUGAUUGGUAGACAUAAGAACAUCAUCAACCUGCUGGGGGCCUGCACCCAGGAUGGGCCACUCUACGUCAUAGUUGAAUAUGCCUCGAAAGGCAACCUCCGGGAAUACCUCCGAGCUCGGAGACCACCUGGCAUGGAGUACUCCUACGACAUUAAUCGAGUUCCCGAGGAGCAGAUGACCUUCAAGGACUUAGUGUCCUGCACCUACCAGCUGGCUAGAGGCAUGGAAUACUUGGCUUCCCAAAAAUGUAUCCAUCGAGAUUUGGCAGCCAGAAAUGUGUUGGUAACAGAAAACAAUGUAAUGAAGAUAGCAGACUUUGGCCUGGCCAGAGAUAUCAACAACAUAGACUAUUACAAAAAAACCACAAACGGGCGACUUCCAGUCAAGUGGAUGGCUCCCGAAGCUCUUUUUGAUAGAGUUUACACUCAUCAGAGUGAUGUCUGGUCCUUUGGGGUGUUAAUGUGGGAGAUCUUCACUUUAGGGGGCUCACCCUACCCCGGGAUUCCCGUGGAAGAACUUUUUAAGCUGCUCAAGGAGGGACACAGGAUGGACAAGCCUGCCAACUGCACCAAUGAGCUGUAUAUGAUGAUGAGGGACUGUUGGCAUGCUGUGCCCUCACAGAGACCCACAUUCAAGCAGUUGGUGGAAGACUUGGAUCGGAUUCUAACUCUCACAACCAAUGAGGAAUACUUGGACCUCACUCAGCCUCUCGAACAGUAUUCUCCUAGUUACCCCGACACAAGGAGCUCUUGUUCUUCAGGGGACGAUUCUGUGUUCUCUCCAGACCCCAUGCCUUAUGAACCCUGCCUGCCUCAGUAUCCACACAUAAAUGGCAGUGUUAAAACAUGAGCGAACAUGUCUUCCUGUCCCCACAUGGGACAGCACCAGGAACCUACUUACACUGAGCAAAGAGGCUGUGCCUCCAGAGCGUGUGGCACACCUCCAGUUGUAUAUAUGGAUCAGAGGAGUAAAUAAUGGGAAGCAUAUUUGGCACAUGUGUAAAGAUUUAUACAGUUGGAAUCAUGUCACCUUCCCAGGACAGGGAGAAUGUUUCCUGAUAAGUGGACAGCCGAAAGCCAUCACACCACCCUCUCUGACCCACUGUGUGUACUGGAUCGUGCCCCAGUUGGACUCAAGGCAGACAUGUGUUCUGCCUUCCUUGUUAAUUUUGUAAUAAUUGGAGAAAAUAUAUGUCAGCACACACUUACAGAGCACAAAUGCAGUAUAUAGGUGCUGGAUGUAUGUAAAUAUAUUCAAAUUAUGUAUAAAUAUAUAUUAUAUAUUUACAAGGAAUUAUUUUUUGUAUUGAUUUUAAAUGGAUGUCCUGAUGCACCUAGAAAAUUGGUCUCUCUUUUUUUUAAAUAGAUAUUUGCUAAAUGCUGUUCUUAGAAUUUCUUAAUUUUCACCCAGCAGAGGUGGGAAAAAUACUUUUGCUUUCAGGGAAAAUGGUGUCACAUUAAUUUAUUAACCAAUUGGUAAUAUACGAAACGAUUAAUCAUUUAUAGUAUUUUUUUUUUGUAAUUUAAGUGGCAUUUCUAUGCAGGCAGCACAGAGGACUAGUUAAUCUAUGCUUGGACUUAACUGGUUAUUGGAUCCUUUGAGAAGAGAAAUAUUUACGAUAGAUGACUAAUUUGGGGGGAAAUGAUGUGUUUGAUUUGUCUGUGUUUCAAUGCUGCUGUCCGAUGACUAUGUUUAGACACCUCAAUGCCCACUUACAAGAAACCUGUUAAGCUCUGUCACCCCAGUGUAACGUUUAACCACGCUUCCAAGACAAAUGGUACCAGCGCCCUCAUCCCAAGAUGCCUUAAUCCAUGUCUGGGGACAGACUUCCAUUGGAAUGCUAGCAGGGUGGGUUCUGUCUGGCAGCUGGCCUUCUGCCUGAGUUACACAUCCAUCACAUUGGCCUCACAUCUCCUCCGUGAGUUUUAAUAACAGCUUCAGGACCUUCAUCAUCAGAACACCCUUUGGGGACUCUGUUCUCUCAGAAUAUCAAAAGCCCAGUGUUACUCCAAUGAGAGUUUGGGAGCUCCUUCUGUCUUCUUAAGGGUUUGCUUCUGGCUUCUGCCUUCGUCUGACAAGACCUCACCCAAAGAUCUGGCCUCAUAGCUACAUCUGACAAGAUAACGGUUCUUGUUGAUCUCCAUAUUCAAGUAGUGUGUUUUGCUUUGGACACACCCACUCACUUUGCUACAGUCAUGCGACCUGAAUGCAGAUUACACUGAUUUUAUGUGUUUUGAAAUUGGAGAAAGUAUUUAAUAAAACCUGUUAAUUUUUAUACUGACAAUAAAAAUGUUUCUACAGAUAUUAAUGUUAACAAAACAAAAUAAAUGUCACGCAGCUUAUUUUUUUAAUACCUGUGUCUUACCCAAUGGUUUCCUGUGCUCAGAGGUAUUGACAGAGGGUUUGGUGGCGU